GAACAAGUAAUAAAUGAUAUAUUCAGUAAUUUGUUCUGUCAAAAUUAACAGAUAAAUUUUUACGUCAAGGUUGGGAAUAUACUACUUGCUCUUAUUUAUAAACGUCUGUGCGCGUAUUUUUUAAAAAUUAUUAUUGGAUAGUAGAUAUCGCAUUUGGUAUAUCACAUGUUGCCGUAGAGGGAUCGAUCCCGAUUCCCCAUAAAGAGUAAGGAAAAAACGUUGAAAUCAACAUGACGCCACCGUUGGUUGAUCCAAAUACACCGCCGUGCUCCUCGCACCAUAAUCAUAAUGAUCACGAGUAACCGGAACGUCCGUGCGUUCUAACUUCAACGUCAUUCAGUAACACGUCACCAUGGGGUCGUUUUUCAGAUAGAUUUACAGAUAUGGAAGGCAUUGUGGUUGAAAAACGCAAUAUGGGAUAUACUUACAUCACUUAAUACUGAUUAAUGAAUACAAUAUGUUUCUGUUUGUAUAUAGUGGGAUUUGUAUGGACCAAUUUUAUGCAUGCAUCGAGGCGUGUCUGCACUUUUAGCUCAUAGAACAAUAAUCCGGUAAACGCCGAAGAUAGCGGAUAAGUCACGCCUCACUACUUGUCGUUGAAUUAUAUAUAUAGUUUUUAUAGUAUACUUCCUGGUGCAGGAACAUGAAUUUCGUGCUCCGAGUACUUUUUCAUGAAUUUCAAAGGGCGAAAAUUCAAUUAAUUUCUCUUGACAAACAGUAGGCCUAAGUACGAUAUAAACUCGCUGAUUGAACCAUGUGAUUGAAUAAUUAAUGGUAUAAGAAUAGCGGCGUUAUUCUUUGCAGGUAAUCUUGAUUUUUUUCUGCACAACUGAAUGCCAAGUGUAAUGUGUAUUUAUGACUAAUAGUAUCAUAAAUACAAUGUUGCUCUGGAUGAUGCAUUUUGUACACAGAGGGACGUAAACUGAUGAAGAUAUUACAUAAGUGAUGACUACAAAUGUGUCUAAAAUGGAAUCAGAGGAGUCCAUUAUCCAAAAUGAACUUUACCCCGCAAGUUUGUCAAUGUCACGAACAUGCGCAGUGGACAGUAAAAAUACAUCACCGAAAAACAUAGCAUCGUGUCAAACCGUAACGCAAGUAAAUGAAACUGUCAGUGAUGACGCCAGAAGUGCGUCUCAAGCCGAAAUCUUCGAGGGAUCCAUUUGUAAAGUCAGAAACAGCAUUCCUGAAAAUAACGAAUUUCACGAAGAAACACUUUGCAAAGAUCCGUUAAAAGUCAACAGCAAAAGCUUAGUGGCUGAGACACAGACCGAGUCUAAGAUGAAAAACAUUUCCUCAGCAAAUGAUUUUGAUUUUAGCGAUCGUUUAAAUAAAACAUCCGACGAUAUGAUACCAGAAAUGUCGAGAAUGUCAGUAACAAGUCCAUUCUUAUCCCCACCUAGUGAUUCAGUUAAUGGAAUACGGCAUGACGAAAAUGCUUCUAAUAGCAAGCAUGAAAUGUAUAAUAAGUGCUCUGAUGAACUUACUAAACCCAUGGCAAUAGAUAUGAAAGGAAAAGUUAAACCAACACAAGACACUGUCGCUUCGUCUAUUACUACAAAUGUAGAACCAACAGCACAGAGUAGUGAGUCGUUGGAAUCACAAAGUGAACAUGUGAAUGUUUGUCUGAAUGCCAAAGAGGGGCAAGAACGUAUUUCAGUAAAAGAACCAACUAUACUUUCGGAUGACACUCCUAAAACCACGCGUUCAGCUUCUGAUUUAAACGAAACAUGCACUGAUAGAAGUGAAAUCAUAUAUUCGCGUGUUGGCAUGGGAAUACAAUCAGACAAUCGGUCUAUGCAUGGGAAUGAUGUAGAUGCGCCAAAUAUGCAUUGCAUUCCUAAAGCUGCACACAGAGGACGAACACAAAACAUGUGCAGGCCAUCCGACGAACUGUUUCAAAGGUUGUCUUUGCCGACAUUUAGAUACAGCGACAUAAGUGAACAUGGCUGGAAACCUAAGGCCAUCGGGCCCCUGCCAGUGCAAAGGCUACCCUAUAACAAACUUCGACGUCGAAAAUAUGUGAAAACGUCAUUGGAUAGCGAUAAAUUAGAUGCACUUGUUGCAUUUUAUGAUAAAAAGUUGCAAACUGACGACGACCUUGAGAUUAGUUCUAUUGACUUUGUUGACGAUAUAUUAGAACAGAUAUUAGUCUAUACGAAUGUGGCAACAGGUUACAAAUACUCCCGCCUGGCAGAUGACGAAGGCUCUGUGACAGUCGAUGCAAAUGUUGGAAAACUUGACGAGCUAGAUUACAGUGUUGAGAUUUUACUGGAAGACAAUGACGAGAUACUGCUGUCUGAUGAACCAUUUAAUAUCGUGUAUGCCAAUGAUGAUAUCGAUGCUAAUGUCAUAGAUGAGAUCCCAGCAACAAUGUUUGUGAAUGGUGGAAAACGUCUGUUUCCGGGAGAAUUGCGUCCAUUUGAUUUAGAAGACGACCCCGUCGACGUUCCAGAUGGUCAUGUAGCAGUAUGGCUCGGACCUACUGACGCUUCACGAUUUUCGGAAUGUACUUUCAAACAAACUGCAUGGGAAGAUGAAGUGCGGGGUUGGAUUCUACCAUAUCAAUUGUUAUAUCAUUUUCAUGGAGUCAUUGGUGAAACUAUUCAAAAUCUAGAACUUGAAGGUGUAUCAUUGAACAAUGGUGCAAGAGGUCCAGCGGUCACACUGACAAUCCUCCAACAGGAUGGACCUAACAUAUCUGUCGACAUUACCCCCAAACUGAACAUUGCAGCAGAAAAUCUCAAUGUGAAGGAUUUUCAUUGGCCGAGAAAAGAUACAAAAAAGAUGGCUGAAAAAGUCUAAGAUAAAGAAAGUAUGUGCUCAGACAAUUUACUUGGUACCAAAGGGAGACAAAUAUUGGAAAAUUUCGUUUGCGAAUCUUGAAACCAAGCUUCUGGAUGAUAUUGAUGACAAAGGAACAUGGCGGAAACAGUGUCUCCGAAUAAUGAAGAAGAAACUGAUUCAGUGGAAAUCCAAAUCUCGUGCAGGCCUUAAAUGUAUCUCCUCAUAUCUCUUGAAGACGACACUACUUUGGCUGUGUGAAAUAUUGCCAGACGACAGUUUCUGGAUCAGAGAUCAGCUUGCAAAUCGUUACCUGAACUUUCUACAAGAGCUAGAACAUAGGCUUAAAAAGAAAAGAUUGGGAGAAUAUUUUAACCCGUCAGUGAAUCUCCUGGAGUUUAAGGAUGCCGAAGAUAUGGAGGAACUGAGACAGUUUCUGUUAGACGAGAUUGAAGAAUUUACAAAAUAAUGUAUACAGAAAACACCAACUAGUUCAAGGCCAGUGAACUUAAUAACGGGUUGCAUUUACUUGCUGUGUCUACUUUGUAAAUGAUCUGAGAAGAGACUGCCUUGAUAAGUCCGACAGUUACUGGCCUAGGCGCGUAGCUACCUAUACGCCAGUAUACCCGUGAAUCCACAAUCCAUAAUUUUGCUAUUUUUUAGCUCGACUAUCCGAAGAAUUGGGGAGCUAUCCUACUCGCCCCGGCGUCGGCGUGAGCGUGAGCGUCACACAAAUGUUGAAGUUUGCGUACCACCCCAAAUAUUUUCAGAGUCCAUUGAGAUAUUGUUUUCAUAUUUUGCAUUCUUGUUUACCAUCAUGACCCCAGUCUGUAAAAAGGAGGAGGCAACUCUAUCAAGCAUUUUGACUGAAUUAUGGCCCCUUUUCGACUUAGAAUAAAUGUUAAUGUUUGUGUACCACCCCAAAUAUUUUCAAAGUCCAUUGGGAUAUUGCUUUCAUAUUUUGCAUACUUGUUUACCAUCCUGACCCAGGUCUGUAAAAAGGAGGAGUCAACUCUAUCAAGCAUUUUGACUGAAUUAUGGCCCCUUCUCGACUUAGAAUAUGCUUAUUGUAAUGUUAAAGUUUUUCUCAUUGCAUAUAUUAUACUAUCAAGCACUGAGAAUAGUCGAGCGCGCUGUCCACUGACAGCUCUGGUUUUUACAUCUUUAUCCUAGGUCUAGACUGAAUGUGUUCUAAAGCGUAAUUAGUUUGCUAUAUAUGAUAAAUUAUAUUAUUAAAUUCAAAGCCCGGGUGUUAGUUUUAGAACAUGUCUGGAUAUUGGUGGUGGUUAUCGCAUCGCCUCAGAAACUACUAAGGGGAUUUUGAUUACACUUUGUCAGAAUGAUGUGUUGGUACCCUGUUCGCUGACAGUAUCUCUUUGAAAGCGAAUAGCAUGGAUUCUUACCAGCCACGGAUGCGCAGGCUGGUCCGGAUCCAUGCUGGUCGCAAAGCCACUAUGUUGGUUUUCUCAUGGCACGGCUCAUUUAUUUAAUAGUUAUUAAAAUCCGCUACGACAUACUAAAUGUAAUUUAACAGAAAUUAACUUUAUAUUUUUUUAUAUAAUGCCAUAUUUUAGUUAUUAAAGAUUUUCUAUUUUUUUUAUAUCUUCUGACAAAAAGUUUGAAUUUUAUGCCCGUAGUGUUUUACAUUUAUUUACGAUAAAAACGAAAUAACUAUUUACGAUCGCGCUGUAUGAAAUUGUACAAGUAAUUUAUAAAAAAAAUCGGUUGUUUCUAUAUAUCUUUGAUUAAUAUUCUGCUAUUAUCUUAUCAAAAUUGCUAUAGAAUCCGAGCUAUGUUUAUUUUCUAGCGGUGCUGAAAGUUUUAGGUGAUAAUAUAAGAUUAUGAACGCACUACGCGUUCGUGGUCCGUCGUU